CAGGGGACAGAGAGGGUAGAAGUUAAGCAGUCAGCUCUCUGCCAUUGUUCUUGUUCUGGACGUCUGCGAACGGGACGGGUGGCGCUGGUCGGGUACCGGACGGCAGUCUGUCGUUAUGACGGGCUCCGGUCCGAAGCUCGGGGUCCUGCUGCUGGUGGCGGUUCUGCUGCAGACUGUGGUCGUCACCAUCACCGUGCUGCACUUCACAACGGCUCUCAACUCGAUAAAGGAGACUUUUGCCAGGAGCAGUGUCUCCUGUCUGACGGGCACUGACCUGCAGAGCAUCACGGAUGUGCGAGGGGAUCUAUGCUGGCAGGUCACUCAGCAGGUUCACCUCCUCAUCGAGAAGUCAUUGUCUCAGCAGAGGCAGAGGCAGAGGCUGAGGCAGAAUUCGUCAGAAGUGAAAGAUGAAGUCUCCCAGGUGCUGCUCUCUCUCUCUCGCCCCAAAGUUGCCGCUCAUGUCACGGGCAGCUAUGUCCCCAAACUGGAGCGAGCAGGAGGAGCUCCAGUCUUUGCUGGGCGGCGCGUUUAUGGCCAGAAGAUCUCAUGGUGGGAGGGCCGUAAGGGGCUGGCCUUCCUCCAGGACGUCCAGCUGGUGGAUGGGGAGCUGGUGGUGUCGCAGCCGGGCCUCUACUACGUCUACGCCCAGACUUACUUCAGACACAGCCACCUGGGGGAGGAUGGAGAGGACAGCGAGGAGGUGGAGGAUAGGGGGAAACCUCUGCUGCAGUACAUCUAUAAGAAGAUGAGCUCAUACCCGGCUCCCAUCCUGCUGAUGAAAACAAGCCGCACUUCCUGCUGGUCCCGAGGUUCCCAGUACUCUCUGCACUCCGCCCACCAGGGGGGGCUGUUCCCGCUCACUACCGGCGACCGCCUGUUCGUCACGGUGACAAAUGCAUCUGCUGUGGACAUGGACGAGGAGACCAGCUUCUUCGGUGCAUUUCUGAUCAGCUAGAGUAGCAGGUCUUGGACUGGGCAUCUCGGAUUUUACCUGGUGAAAUAGCUUAAUGAUGCUACCGUGCUGUAAUGAUGAGUGUGGUAGCAUCUAGACUUCUCCUAGAGUUCAAAACUAUAAAAGUCAAGGAGAAGUCAAACAACUUUUACGACACUGGUUCUCUUGGGGGAGAAGACACUGAUGUGGCUGUGCAUGAGUGCUUAUCAAACCAAACAGACUUUUGUAUUCGAGUGUCUUAAAGUAAGUGUGGACUGGACUUUCCAGGGGUGUAGUUUUUUUUUACAAACAUCUCUUUAAGGCGGAAGUACAGUUUUUAAGGAUAUUUAGGCCCAAAAGCAAUUUUAACUCAUUCACUGCCAUUGACGUCUAUAGCCGUCAAUGGCAGUGAAUGAGUCAAUGGGUUUAACUCAUUCACUGCCAAUGGCUGGCAGUGAAUGAGUUAAUAUCCAACUAGGCAUCUAAUGCCUAAUUCAUAGCUCUGGACCCAAUAUCCAACCUAGAUCUUCAGCAAAAUAUAGACUACUUGUUGCACAAACUGUUUAAUUUCUUGUUGUGUCAUCUACAAUCUGUGUGGAGAGCAAAAGGAGGAUUCAAUUUGCUAAAAUGCAAUCUAGAAAGGAGUUCCUAAACUAAUCCACGGGCUACACCGGAAUACCCCCCAAAUUACGCGUCUCCAGAGGCUUAAACAACAGACUAGCUGAAGUCUUGGAUAGGUAGGUCUCAAUGUCACACUGAGAUGCAAACCUGCAGAUCAACUCUUACAGCCUACUACACACCCUGAGGCAAAUGUAAUGUAGGGCAUGCGUUUUAAACUGCUUCAGCCUAGCUACAGUUGCUCCACACCUGCAAGCCACUUUGUAGCCCACCUUCAGCUAUCGCCUCUUUUUCUUUUCUUCUCUGCAGGGUCUUGCUGCUGCUGCAGGGGUCCCAGAGCAGAGUCAUGUAGCCAAAAGUAAAUUAGUGCAGAUGGAAGUAAUGUUUUGCCAUAGUGGUCUUGCCUGGGGUAGACAAUUUGGCUGUGAAGUGGCUGUGCAACACAAAUAUCCACAGGAAAGUUUGCCAAAGACCGAGAGUUUGUCAAACUUUUAUUCUUUGUUCUUAUUCUUCUUUAACCCCUGAAGCAGUCGUGCCUAAAACCACCAAAAGUUGGAACCAUUGAAACUGCCUGUGUUGCCUGAACAGGCUUCCACUUCCAGGGGGCUAGCACAAAGAAUCAGAGCUUUAACGCUUAUAUCCAAGCCUAUGACUAAUUUAGAAACACUAAGAAAAUUGUACGUCUUUGGACUGAGGGAGCAAACUGGACCACCUGGAGAAAAGCCCAUGGAGGCACAGGAAGAACACAAAAGCUCCACAUAAAAGGCCCACCUGGCCACAAAGUUUAAACCAAGGAACCAUCUUGCUUUGAGGGGACAGUGCUCCCCACCAGGCCUGGAUACACCAAUCACAAAUAAACAAAAGCAAUACCAGCUGCAGUUGUUCUCAGUUCUGCCAUUAAGAAAUGUUUGUAUAAAAGUCAUUUGAGUCCACACAGAAAUUUUAGGUGUAUUCCUGUUUAGAGAUGUAAAUGCUGUGCUAUAUUUUUUUAUUUUUAUAAUAAUCAUUUAAGUAUUGAGUUCGUGAACCCUUUGUUCUUGAUAUUCCCCCAGUCAGAGUACAAACAUGUGGGUAAAAGUAUAAACCUCAGAGACAAUUUACUGCCUUUCAGAUAUACUUAAUAUACCGACCCAUCAUGUUGACAACCAUAUUGGGACUAUGAAAUAGGGCUGCUUACAGUCUCGCUUUUUUCUGUCAGACUUCAGCAUUUUGGCUCGUCAACUCCAACCUUUCUCCAAGAGGUGCAUUAAAUGCUCCCUUGCAGUUGGUAUUCAUGCUAUGUUGGAUUAACUGCAGAUGUGACUUUCAGACUCGGGAAAAUGGUCUGCAUCUAAACAGCAGAAAUAUGUUGUUUUCAUGUCUGUGUAGCUCUGCUGCUUUCCACAUUGUUGUAGUGAACAACACAGCAGAUGCCUUCCAAGGUAAUUCAAAUUAAAAAGCUGUUUUCACACAUGCUCUGCAGCCCCGAACCUUAGUAGACAUGACCAGACAGAGGUGCAUGAUGGAAAACAAAUGUUUGAGGCAAUCAAAUAGGACCGUAGCCUGAUUUAACCUUCCAGAUCUCUCGUAUUAGGUCCCAGUGAUUUGUGAGAGCAGAGCAGCUAUUGUUUGGUACAGCACUAAUGAUUCAGAAAAGAAGAAAUUCAACUGUUGACAAAUGUCUUCACUCAGUCUUUCAAAAUAAUAAAGCGUGAGAACAGAAUAUAUAACAAAUAAGGUGACCAGGUUUUUCCUGUCUGCUAGCUGUCAGUAAAAACUGGCGGCCAAGUGAUUUCAAAAUUUAUGCGAUGGGAAUCAAACCAGUGCACUCCCCAACAAGUUCCAGGUCAUGUCUACAGUCCUGCCAAGGAAAUGUUUGUUUUCAUGCGCAACUAGAGCAUCAAACAAACCACACAAACAGCUUUUUUCCUCCAGUUUUUGCUUGUUUAAAGCAGCUGGCCUCAAAUUUCAUUCUGAGUGGAAUAAAAUAUAAAAUCUUAAUUCUAAUUUAAGGUGCAGAAAACCUGGAGAAGUUGCUAUAGUUAACAUCAUCAUCAUCUGCUAAUGGCAUGAAUGUAAACCCCCUCCAAAUAUUUACCAUUACCACAAAAAUGAUCAGCUCGAUGCUGCUGAACACGAGACUACACCUGGUAAUGUAACUUUAAGCAACGAAUACUUUUAAUCUGGUUAUGAAUUCAAUCUCAAGUAUCCCCAUUAAAGGUAUUUUGUUGUAUUCACUGAUGGAUGCAGCAAGAUUUAGUUGAGUUUAACGUGACAUAAAAAGACAUGAAUGCAACAUUCACUGUAUUACUUAUGUAAAUAAAUACAAAGCACAAUCAUUUCUCGUACGUUGUGUUUAAGAACGCGUGUUUGAACUUUUGUAAAGGUGGUUGUUUAAGUUUUGUUAAGUCAUGUUAUGCUCCGGACCAGCUUUGGUGUAAAAAUGUGGUUUCACAUUUGUGUUUUGGGGUUAAUUAUUUAUGAAGUGGAUCUACUACAAAACAGUCCAUGCUAUUUUUCCCUUUCACUCCCGAUCAGACUGGGAAGUUGAUGUGAAUUAAGCCAGUACCUUAAAUUCAGCCCUCUUUGUCCACUUCAGUUUAUUUGCCAGACAUCAAAAACGGACACUCAUCAGGUUAUUAAGAAUUUAAUUCUUUGCCAGAUAAUUAAAUGUGAAUGUAAAUAAUCCAAUUUUUGUGGGUGUAAAUAUGUGAAAUAAAGAUUCAAUAAAAAAGCUCUUUGGA